AUGGAACAGCGCGAUCAUGCGAUGGCUCUCAGAACGUUUCGGCACAUGGAGUCCCUGGUGAAGAGCAAUCCUGAAGCCGGUAUUACUUUCAUGCCUGGCAUUGAAUACCUCGAAGAUCCUCCAGCACAGUACCAAGCUCUCACCGAGGAGAAGGCCAAGAGCCUGGGACUGGUAGAUUUCCGGCGCCUGAGUCCGGCCGAAUACCCAGAUGACAAGGUGAAGUGGGGAUGCGAGUACAAGACAUGGUGUGUAAAUCCCAUGAUCUACUGCUCGUUCCUCCUUCGCAAGUUCUCAUGGAAUGGCGGCCAAAUCUUCCACAGAGAACUCAGUGAUCCUCGCGAGGCAUUCUCAAUGAAAGAGUUGCCGAACGUCAAACGUGUGCUGUAG